AUGGCGGUGGCUGCGCUGAUGGAACCGGUGCAGGUUUCCAUGAACUCAGAAGUAAUUAUGGACCCUAUACAGGGGCAGGUGAACUUUGAAGACGUGGCUAUUUAUUUCUCCCAGGAGGAGUGGCAGCUUCUUGAUAAGGCUCAGAGAUGCCUGUACCGAGAUGUGAUGUUGGAGAAUGUUGCACUUAUGGCUUCUUUAGGACGUGCAUCUUCCAUGUCCCUUGUAGCUGCCUUACUGGAGCUGGGCAAUGAGCCCUGCAUACCUGACUGGGUGGACAUGACUCCAACCAUUGCCGGAGAGACUCUAGGUGGAUGUGGCCCUGGUUGUGGGCACGGAAUGGAGGGUGAGGAGACAACUUUUGAGCAGAGCAUUUCUGUAGAAGAAGUGUCACAGAUCAGGACUCUCAAGGAAGGCCCUUCUACCCAGAAAACCUAUCCCUGUGAGACAUGUGGCCUGGUCUUAAAAGAUAUUUUGCUAUUGGCUAAGCACCAGGAAACACACCCGGGGCAGAAACUAUACAUGUGUGUGGGAUGUGGGAAACAAUCCUGGUUCAGUCCGAAUCUUCACCAGCACCAGAAGGAGCACUGUGGAGAAAAAUUCUGUAGAAGAGAGGAGGGUAGGACCUUUCUUGUGAAUAGCUGCCCUGUCCAAGCAUCAGAGAUACCUUUUAUUACAGGGAAGUGUUGUAAGGAUUUCCCAACCAGCUCAAGCAUUUUCCAGCACCAUGAACCUGCAAAUGAGUGGAAGCCACACACUAACACCAAGUGUGAGCAGGUGUUUCACAGUAGACAAAGGCAGUACAAGUGCAGCGAAUGUGGGAAGGCCUUCAGCCGCAAGGACUCACUCGUUCAGCACCAGAGAGUCCACACUGGAGAAAGGCCUUAUGAGUGUGGUGAAUGUGGCAAAACCUUCAGCCGCAAACCCAUACUUGCUCAGCACCAGAGAAUCCACACUGGAGAAAGGCCUUAUGAGUGUGGUGAAUGUGGCAAAACCUUCAGCCGCAAACCCAUACUUGCUCAGCACCAGAGAAUCCACACUGGAGAAAUGCCUUAUGAGUGUGGCAUAUGUGGGAAAGUUUUUAAUCAUAGUUCUAACCUUAUUGUACACCGGAGAGUACACACUGGAGUGAGGCCUUACAAGUGCAGUGAAUGUGGGAAAGCCUACAGCCACAAAUCCACACUUGUUCAGCACGAGAGUAUCCACACUGGAGAAAGGCCUUAUGAGUGUGGUGAAUGUGGGAAAACCUUCAGCCGCAAACCAAUACUUGCUCAGCACCAGAGAAUCCACACUGGAGAAAUGCCUUAUGAGUGUGGCAUUUGUGGGAAAGUUUUUAAUCGUAGCUCUAACCUUAUUGUACACCGGAGAGUACACACUGGAGUGAGGCCUUACAAGUGCAGUGAAUGUGGGAAAGCCUAUAGCCACAAGUCCACACUUGUUCAGCACAGGAGUAUCCACACUGGAGAAAGUCCUUAUGAGUGUAGUGAAUGUGGGAAAUACUUUGGUCACAAAUACAGACUCAUUAAACACUGGAGUGUUCACACUGGCACAAAGCCUUAUGAGUGCAUUGCAUGUGGGAAAUUCUUUAGUCAAAGCUCUGACCUUAUUGCACACCAAAGAGUUCACAAUGGUGAAAAGCCUUAUGUGUGCAGCAACUGUGGAAAAGCCUUUAGCCACAAACAUGUACUUGUUCAGCACCAUAGAAUUCACACUGGAGAAAGGCCAUGUAAGUGCAGUGAGUGUGAGGGAAAUGCCCUCACCCAUCCAGUGCCAAAGGGUGAACAAAGAGAUGUGAGGUACAGCGAAGCAAGACUUUAAUAACGGCCUUGCAAG